UUCUUCCUGUCAUUCUCUCCCAAUCUUUCUCAGAGUCCUAAUUUCAGCACGGCACCUCUCCACGUCCAUUGGCGCGUCGGCGGAGCGCACUCGGGUGGAUUUCUUCUUCUUUGCGCUACUUUUGCAGACUGGCUCUCUUUCCCAUCUGAACUUACUUGAUAGGCGGACAGGCAGACAGAACACACCAUGGCCGUACCGGCUGCUCUGAUUCCCCCAUCGGCUCUGGUCCAUCCGUGUCCGAUCUCAACUUCUUCGUCAGCAUCAUCAGCAUCAUCAUCAUCAUGCUCCGCGACCGCAGCAUCAUCAUCCUCGCCCUCGGCCACUUCUGCGUCUCCUUCUCAGUCAGCGACCCAGAAUCUGUUCCGCGCGGAUCUGAUCAGCACCAACUGCACCAGUAGCAUCCCACUGGCCGGCAAGCCCGUGUACUCGACCCCGUCUCCAGUUGAAAACACUCCGCAAAAUAAUGAGUGUCGGAUGGUGGAGCUGAGGGGCGCAAAGGUGGCCUCGUUCACAGUGGACGGACAGGAGCUCAUCUGCCUGCCCCAGGCAUUUGACUUGUUUCUCAAACACCUGGUCGGGGGUCUGCACACCGUCUACACCAAACUCAAGCGGCUGGAGAUCACGCCGGUGGUGUGUAACGUGGAGCAGGUCCGCAUCCUGCGCGGGCUGGGGGCCAUCCAGCCCGGGGUCAACCGCUGCAAACUCAUCUCCAGAAAAGACUUCGAGACCCUCUACAACGACUGCACCAAUGCCAGCUCAAGACCCGGGAGGCCUCCAAAACGGACCCAGAGUGUGACAUCGCCGGAGAACCCUCACAUCAUGCCGCACACGGUGCCGGGCCUCAUGUCGCCAGGAAUCAUUCCCCCCACAGGCCUCACAGCUGCAGCUGCAGCAGCAGCUGCCGCCACCAAUGCCGCCAUCGCAGAGGCCAUGAAGGUGAAGAAGAUCAAGCUGGAGGUGAUGAGCAGCUACCACGGCAGUAACACCCACAACGGGCCUGAUUCUGAGAAUGGAGACCUGAGCUCCAGUGUGGGCUUGGAGCUGCCGUUUAUGAUGAUGCCCCACCCCCUGAUCCCUGUCAGCCUGCCUCCCGCAUCCGUCACAAUGGCGAUGAGUCAGAUGAACCACCUCAGCACCAUCGCCAAUAUGGCCGCCGCAGCACAGGGACAGAGUGCCCCAUCCCGAAUGGUGACAUCAGUGAUUAAGGAACGGGUCCCCGACAGUCCCUCCCCUGCCCCCUCUCUGGAAGACGGCAGGAGGCCGGGGAGCCGUCCCUCGUCCCAGCGCAGCAGCAGCGUCUCCAGCUCUCCAGCACACACCGAGAGCUCCUCCGACAGAAUGCCUGUGCAUCAGAAUGGGCUGUCGAUGAACCAUGCGUUACUGGGUCUGUCUCCCAGCAUCUUACCCGGGCCUAAAGAGGGCGAUCUGGCUCACGACAUCGUCCAUAACGCCAAGAGAAUGCAUCUGGAGAAAGAAGAAAUUCCCAUGUGCACGCCGACAGCCAGAGACAGCUAUGAGAGACUGUCGCUGGCGGGGCAGACUUUACCUCCAGGAUUCCCCUCACCCUUCCUCUUCCCUGAUGGCCUGUCGUCUAUAGAAACCCUGCUGACUAACAUCCAGGGUUUACUGAAGGUGGCGAUUGAUAACGCUCGUGCUCAGGAGAAACAAGUACAGCUGGAGAAAACGGAGCUGAAGAUGGAGCUGUUUAGAGAGAGAGAGCUCAGAGAAACCCUGGAGAAACAACUGGCUGUCGAGCAGAAGAACAGAGCGAUCAUUCAGAAAAGGUUGAAGAAAGAGAAGAAAGCCAAGAGGAAAUUGCAGGAGGCGCUGGAAUAUGAGUCGAAGCGACGAGAGCAGGCGGAGCAGACCCUGAAACAGACAUCACCUACAGAAAGUCUCAGAUCACUCAAUGACUCGUUGACCCAGGAGAUAGAGACUGACCGCAGCAGUGGCAGAACAGAUGCUGAGAGGACAAUACAAGAUGGAAGACUUUUUCUGAAAACCACAGUGAUGUACUAACAGCAUGACGUUGAAGACUGGCCACUUGUGUUGUAGGACGAUUCUCCAGAGUCCCUUCGCAGGGUAAUUUAGUUACAGAAACAGGUCAAUCGCUCAUAGAGGUGCACCAAGGGUUUAUGCUGGGCCCGAUGUGGAGGAUGGAUUGUGUCCGAAUGUAGUAUUAGGACUCGUAUUAUCACUGAUAUCAACAUUAUAAUAUACCAGAUGUGGGAUUGGAUGUGACGAGUUGACCAAGGUGACAAUUUGAGCACAGUAAAACGUACCUUUUGGUACACUCGGUGAUAAUAUUUACAACAAAUUCACAGCACUGAAGAUUUUUUAUACUGUAUUUAAACCAGCGAGAAAGCUUCGGAAAUUCAAUCGGAUUCAGAGGUUUUGUUUUGUAUUAAAAGAAGAAAAACACACACACACAAAUCAAUGUUAGAACUAUUUGCCAAGAUGUUAAAGAUCCAAACUUGGAGGAGAACCUCUGAAAAUGUGAAUUUGAAUAUAUGUUGAUCAACAGAAAAGACUAAUAUCUGCUUUUAAUGUUUUCUAAACUAGAAGAAAAAAAACAAUCAAGUUUCAUUUCUAUCAUUAUUGUAUAUACAAGAGCAGAAGAUAGGUUAACUCACUCACUUUGGUAUUUGUAUAUAAUGUCAAAAGUUGGUAUUGUGUAUGCAGUAGAUCUAUUAGGAGAACAAUACCGACGUUUAUAUUGAAUUUCUAGAUUUGUUUUGUUUCUGAGCCAUCAUUCUUUCAAUUCGCUGCCACUAUGGUGAGGAAGCAUGCAGGCAUGUAAAUGUGUUGUCCUGAAUUCAUGUUAUUCAAUAAAUACUUAACUGUGCUGAACAAAUGUACUUAGGGUUUAUUCACUCACACCCAGUUAAAGUUGAUGAACACUAUCUUUUAACAGCUACAUUUUAAAGCUUGUAAGGACUGAUUUUAAAUUCAGUUGUAUAGGUCGCCAAAUGCUACACAUCAUUAUUACACUGAAUUUGGGGUAUUACUUUCAUCAAUGGGCCCAUUUAAAUGAGUAUUUUAUGUGUCAUAUUAAAUAAAUAUCUAUUGUUCAAGUCAGUAUCUUCAGCAAAACAACAUGCAGCAAGUCACAGAAACAUUAUAUUCAUUCUGAAAUCCAACAGAAGAUAACUUAUACUUAUUAUAAUUAUUCAUUAUUGGCCCCGAUGUAGACCAUAGGUGAUGAAAUGAAUUGCAUGCUGAACUUUAUUGUGAAGUUCAGCAUAAUAAAGUUGAUGAACACUAUCAUUUAAACAGCUAUAUUUUGAAGCUGAAUCUUGUAAGGACUGAUUUUAAAUUCAGUUGUAUAGGUCACCAAAUGCUACACAUCGUUAUUACACUGAAUUUGGGGUAUUACUUUCAUCAAUAGGCCCCUUUAAAUAAGCAUUCAAUGUAUCGUACUACAUAAAUAUCUAUUGUUCAAGUCAGCAUCUUCAAUAAGCAAACAUGCAGCAAGUCACAGAAACAUUAUAUUCAUUCUGAGAUCCAACAGAAGAUAACUUAUAAUAAUAAUUCAUUAUUGCCCCCCAUGUAGACCAUAGUUGAUUAAAUAAAGUGCAUGCUGAACUUUAUUAUGAAGUUCAGCAUAAUAAAGUUGAUGAACAAUAUCAUUUAAACAGCUACAUUUUGAAGCUGAAUCUUGUAAGGACUGAUUUUAAAUUCAGUUGUACAGGUCACCAAAUGUUACAAAACAUUAAUACACUGAAUUUGGGGUAUUACUUUCAUCAAUAGGCCCAUUUAAAUAAGCAUUUAAUUCAUUAUACUACAUAAAUAUUGUGUUCAAGUCAGCAUCUUCAAUAAGCAAAUAUGCAGCAAGAAUAUUCAUUCUGAGAUACAAUGGAAGAUAAUUGAUAAUAAUUUUUCAUCAUUGCCCCCCCAUGUAGACUAUAUUUGAUUAAAUAAAGUGCAUGCUGAACCUUUUUUUUUUUUUUUUUUUGCAGAUAAAUUAUAUAUAAUAAUAAGGUUAUGCUAAUGUACACUUGCUGGCAACACAUUUUUGUUUUAUUGCUUAUUUUUUGAAAGAAGAAGAUUCCUAAAAUAUUUGACAGAUUUAAUUAAUCGUUGCCAGCCGAUAUUCACACGAGUCCUUCACAUAAUUUGCCUUUUUCAAGGCAAAAAUCAAGUAAUCACAGCAAUCCCAAACUGUCAGAUUUGAAUAAAGAGUGAAACAAUUGAGCCGGAUGGGUUUAAAAUUACACUCUGCUAAUUAGCGGUAAUGUCGAAUAUAUUAAAUCAUAGAUUACAGGCUUUUAUUAUACCAAGUAGAUGAUGAUGAUGAUGGUGAUGAGGCACUUAUUGGAUAAUCAAGAAAGAAUAUGUGUUGAAAGGAUCCUUUAUUAGAUGGACGUAUCUAAUGUUACGGGGCAGCUAUUUAAACUAUAAUCAUAGACAUUAUUUUGUCACGCAUUUGUCCUCGGUCUGUAACAAUUCAAAUGUUUAUUGUGUUAAACUACAUGUUAAAGUAUCUUUUUACCUCAUCAAAGAGGACUUGCCUUUUAGUUUCUUUUUAUGUGAUGUAAACACUGUAGCAAGAUUUAUGGACACAUUGUUCCUUAUUUCUUUCUAUGGCAGUAAAAGAAACGUAUAAAUAUUGAAAGGAUGUCUUGUUUUAAAGUGCUUUUCCCUCUUUUCUGAUCUUGUCUUCUGUAAUGACACGGUAUAAGAGAGAGAGAGAGAGAGAGUGUGUGUGUGUGUGUGUAUGAGAAUGAAAGAGCGAAAUGGUGCGUGUCUGCACACAUGCACUACAGUGUAUCUGUGUGGAUUUGCAUGAGUGUGUGUCUGUUUUCUAUUCUAUGGUGUCAAAUAUGGUAAUAAAAUAUUUGUGAGUCUGAUUAUUAGACUAAA